UAGGCACUCUUCUAUGCACAACACCACGAAAUAACUAUACAAAAUCACAAAAAAUGGAUCCGAUUGAUGCUGCAAACGCAAAAUCUCUGGAUGAGUUUGUGAAGGAGUACCUUCCCGCGAGGUGAGUGCAAACGUCUUCAUUUUUCAUCUCAUCUCCCUGCCACUUCAUCUUUCCACCAUGGAUCCAUUGGAAGGAAUAUCAAACUUCUUUUCGCGAAAUAGGGCUGAAUCUGAAUCUAAUUCUGUUACAGCGAGGAAUGGAAAUCAUGGGUUCAUCCCAAGAGCAAGGCUUCAUACCAAAUCACCCUUCAGCCCCCGAAAGCGUUGUCCAUCUCCGAUUUUGAUGCCUGCUUCAAUCUCAUCCACAGCACCAGCUACGAGCACUACAAAAAUUCCAAAAACGGCUGGAAACCUCGGUCCAAAACCAACGAGAUGAAGCUACUAGAUCUGAAAUAUUUACUCAUCAAAAACGACCAGGCAACUGUCGAAGGAUUCGUCUCCUUCAUGCCGACUUUCGAAGAUGAUUACCCAGUCAUAUACUGCUACGAGAUCCAUCUAUCUUCAGCCCUACAAGGGUAGCCUCGUCACUCCCCUCAAAUUCUGCACGUACUGACCGGCUUCGUAUGCAGGACGGGACUUGGUACUACUUUGAUACGGAUGCUUGAAGCCGUUGCGGAGAAAAUCCCCGGUACUGAAAAGGUGAUGUUGACAUGCUUCAGAAGUAAUGCAAAGGCCAUGGCUUUCUAUGAGAAAAUGGGCUAUGGCAAGGACGAAUUCUUACCUCCCCCAAGAAUCCUACGGAAUGGAACCAUAGUCGAGUCGGAAUACGUGAUUCUUAGCAAAAAUAUUGAAACAAGUAGGUUUGGAGGCCCAAACUGA